UUGCACUAUAAAGGCAUUAUACUAUCGUGCUGAAAAUGAGUUCAAUUCACGCAGAUUCUAAUAUUCAUAAUUUUACUUUCCACCGUUUCACUUUCCAGUAGAUCAAAUUUAUGCCUGUCUUUUUAAUAUCAUAUAUUGAUAAUAAACGAAAAGUUUAGAAUUCACUAACCCUGUUAUUCAUAGCACACUAAGCUAAAAUAUAAUUUGUCUCUUUCUGUCAAUGCCAAAUAUUGGAAAGUGCGAUAGUGACAAAACACAUUAUGUUUUAACUUAUAAUGGGGUGGGUAAAUGUAGUAAUAUGAAGAAGAAGAAUAAUUAGUUAAGCAGUAUAAUAAAUAAGAAUUUCAAUAUUACAACUGUGCAGACAAAUCUUGGGAUAUAGGUCCAUUGUAAUAAUAAGAAUUAUAAAAUACAAUAAACAUCAUGGUUCAUUCAUCAGACUCACCUGGGAAUGUUAAAAAUGGCAUAAUUGACUUCACUGCUGGAUCUUUAGGUGGCAUUGCUGUGGUCUAUGUUGGGCAACCACUUGACACAGUCAAAGUGAAGAUGCAAACAUUCCCUCAUCUCUACAAAGGAAUGUUGGACUGCUUGAAGCAAACAUUAAGAAAUGAUGGCAUAGUUCGUGGGCUUUAUGCCGGCACGACUCCCGCGAUUAUGGCAAAUGUUGCUGAAAACUCGGUAUUGUUUGCUGCAUAUGGAUAUUGUCAAAAAUUUGUGUGCCGGAUAACAGAAACAGAGAGUGUAGACCAGCUGUCCACACUAGGAAACGCCUCGGCUGGUUUCCUGGCUGCAUUCUUCUCCUCGUUCACUCUCUGCCCAACUGAACUUAUUAAGUGCCAGCUGCAAGCCAUGAGAGAAGUCAAUGUUCAAGGCGCCCAAACAGCUGUCAAAGUGACGCCUUUACAACUGACGCAACAAAUAUUUAGACAAUAUGGAAUUCAAGGGUUAUUCCGAGGCUUGGUCCCUACAAUCAUGAGGGAAAUGCCUGGAUAUUUCUUUUUCUUUGGAGGAUAUGAAGGCACUCGGGAGCUGCUCACGAAACCUGGGCAGUCAAAAGACGACAUCGGCUUCUUGCGCACAAUGGCCGCCGGCGCGGUGGGCGGCCUCGUGCUCUGGACGGUCAUCUUCCCCACGGACGUCAUCAAGUCGCGCGUCCAGAUAUCCAACACCAGUCAGAAGUUUCUCACUGUGGGUUACGAAAUUAUUAAAAAAGAAGGGGCACUAGCGUUAUACAACGGACUCAAACCAACGUUAGUGCGAACCAUCCCUGCUACUGCGGCGCUCUUCGUCGUGUACGAGUACUCCAAGAAAUGGAUGCACCAAUCAUUUGGUGAUUGAUUUGUAAUAGGGAAUUAUAUUUUACCGAAAAGGGUCAUAGGUUUGACUAUGACUCUCUAGCCCUCGGUUAUAUUAAAUAUUACGGGUUUUAUGAUGUGCGCGUCACACAAUUUUAAUCUUUACAGUGCCUCCUAUUUGUAGUUAUUAAAAGUUCAGGACCAAGUGCUGCCAAGUUGUGAUAGUUAUUCCAAAGUAGAUUUAGUAUAAAUUGUUAUAUAUUAAAUGUUAUUUCUAUAA